UUGUACCCGUGGCUGGCGUUUGUUCAAUCUGGUGACUGGAUUCUUCCCUUGUUCCAACACUCUCCUGCCAUAUUGCACCCGUCACCUGGAGGCCGUCAUUCAUGAUGCCAACCACCCUUUUCAAGAGCUGGCAAAUGUGUGCAUGAAGAAUCUCAAACGGUCACUCAGUUUUGGAGGACGCAGGUACAUCCCUUCCCAUUCAGAGAUGGAGGCCAUUUUGGCUGGGAGGAACUCUCGUCGGCUGCCCAUCAUGCUGCCUGGUGGAAAUGAAAUUUCCUGCAAGAUUCGCAGCUUUAGUGUUGCAUUUGAGGUGGUACAAGACUUUUGCACUGAGAUGGGCAUCAUAAAUCCAGCAGAAGUGAAGGAAUUUUCCAUCAAUGCCACUAAGAAAAAAAGUGAUUGGACACGCCCAAUUCACUCUGAUGAGUAUCUGUUUGACUUCCUGCUGGAUGAUGGCUCCAUCUCCCUCUCCUUUCAACGAAUAAUGUGGAAACAGCCGCUCCAGUUCAACAAUGAUCUUUAUGUGGAGUUCCACUACCAGCUGCUUGUGGCUAAUUAUCUGAAAGGGAGGCUGUUGCUGCCCAUGAGCAGCUCUACAAUCUACCAGCAGGUGGCAGAGUUGACCGCUCUUCAACACCUUGCCCUUGGGCUGACUGAUUUACCCUCCAACGCUGAGGUAAAGCAGUACCUUCCCCAGACGGACCGGCUCAACCCCAGUGAUGAAAGACUUCUUGCUACUAUACGGGCACAGUUUUCUACCUUAGGCCCC